AUGUCUGAUAAAGAGGAUGAAGAACAACCGUCAGAAAAACCCUUUCAUGUUGAUAGAGCUAAAACCGGACGAGCAGGUUGUAAAAAAUGUAAGCAAAAAAUAUCUCAGGGCGAAUUAAGAAUGGCCAAAUUGGCUUACAAUCCUUUUGGAACUGGAACUAUUAAGCAGUGGCAUCAUAUUCAAUGUAUUUUUGAUGUUUUUAAAAAACAAAGAGCCACAACUAAAAAAAUUGAACACCCUGAUGAAAUCGGUGGAUGGGAUAAUUUAAAUGAAAAUGAUCAACAAGAAAUUAUUAAUUAUUUUCCUCCAGAACUGCAAAAAAUAUUUGAAUCUGCUUCGAGGGAAACUUUAAAUGCCACUCUUCAACACAAAGAUUCAUUAAAUAAAAUUAUUGAAAAAAAAUUUGCAAAUCACAAAGACAAUUCUUUUAAAAUGUUUAGGAAAAUUUGUGUUGAUUUAGCUAAUGAUAGUAGCUAUUUGACUAAAACCAAAAUUGUCGCUGAUUUUUUUAAUAAAGGUUCUGAUGGUGAAUCAUUUAAAAGUGAUUAUGAGCUUUGGUGCAGAUUACUACUGCCUGGUGCAGUGAUUAGAGUUUAUAAUUUACAAAGCAAACAACUCAUUAAAUUGUUUAGUAAAAUUUUAGGUGUAGACCAUGAUGCUAUGCUUGAAGAUUUAGAAAAAGGGGAUGUAGCUGAAACAAUAUCUUCAUUUUUUAAAACUUCGACAAAAAUAAAAGAAGCAAAUAAAUCAACUUUAACUCUUCAAGAAGUCGAUGAAUUUUUAGAAAAAUUAUCUAAAAUGACAAAGGAAGAUGAACAAAAUUACCACUUUAAAGGCAUAACUAAAAAAUGUACUGCUAAUGAUUUAAAAAUGAUUAUCAGGUUGAUUAAGCAUGACUUAAGAAUUAAUGCAGGUCCCAAACAUAUAUUAGAAGCUCUACACAAAGAUGCUUAUAAAGCAUUUCAAACAUCGAGAGAUAUAAAGUCGGUUGUAUAUAAUGCAAUAAAAGCAAGGGAAAAAAAUAAUAAUAAAAAAAAUGAAAAGCUUAACUCAGAAAAAGGCAUGGAUAUAAGCAUAAAUAUGAUGACCCCUGUUCUUCCCAUGUUGGCUCAACCUUGUAAAUCUGUAGAAAUGGCACUAGAAAAAUGUCCUAACGGAAUGUUUUCGGAGAUAAAAUAUGAUGGGGAGAGAGUUCAAUUGCAUAAACUGGGAGAUACUUUCAAAUAUUUCAGUAGAAGUUUAAAACCUGUUCUUGCUCAUAAAGUUAGUCAUUUUAAAGAAUAUAUACCUCAAGCUUUUCCCUAUGGAAAAGAUUUAAUUUUAGAUGCUGAAAUUUUAAUGGUGGAUAACAAUACAGGCAAACCUUUACCUUUUGGCACACUAGGAAUUCAUAAGAAAAGUGAAUUUAAAAAUGCUAAUGUCUGCCUUUUCGUCUUUGAUUGCAUGUACUACAAUGGCCAGUCACUUUUGACAACAUGUCUUUCGGAGAGAAAAAGCAUCUUACGACAAAAUAUGGUAGAAAUAAAUAAUCACAUAAUGUUUUCAGAAAUGGAAGAAAUUAACAGAGCAGAAGAUUUAGAAGAAAUGAUCACUAAAGUUUUUAAACAAGGUCUUGAAGGUUUAGUUUUAAAAGAUAAAAAAUCUGUGUACGAACCUGGAAAAAGGCACUGGCUCAAAGUUAAAAAAGAUUAUCUCUGUGAUGGGGCCAUGGCAGAUUCUGCAGAUUUAGUUGUUUUAGGGGCUUGGUUUGGAACAGGACACAAAGGCGGUAUCAUGUCAUCAUUUCUAAUGGGUUGCUACGAUGCAAAAUCAAAAAAAUGGGUUACCGUUACAAAAGUUUCCAGCGGUCACGAUGAACAAACGUUGGACAGGAUUCAAAAGGAAUUAAGCGUCGUCAAAAUAAGCAAAGAUCCUUCUAAAGUUCCUAAUUGGUUAAAUUGUACGAAAACCAUGAUCCCCGAUUUCGUUGCCAACGAUCCGAAAAAAAUGCCCGUGUGGGAAAUCACCGGAGCAGAAUUUACCUGCAAUCAAGUUCAUACUGCUAACGGUAUCUCCAUAAGAUUUCCAAGGGUAACCAAAAUCAGAAGCGAUAAAGAUUGGGCUUCGGCCACGAAUUUAAGCGAAUUAAAAAAAUUAUUUAAAAAAUCUAAGGAUACUUCAAACUUUUCGUUGCUCAACACCAGUCGAAGUUCUUCCUCUACCGGUGGAGAAACAACCGGAGACGAUGGAACGCCUAAAAAAUUAAAAAAAAGAAAAAACGACGACGAUGAUGAGAAAAAAACUGAUACGACUACGGUUAAAAAAUCGAGGAAAGCAGACGAAAACGUCGAGGCUUAUUUUGAAGAAACCGACACGGAGGAAGAAGAAGAAAAAAAUCCUUCGGAAAAUUCGGAAUCGAAAGAAAAAUCGUUUUCGAAUCCGUUACCAAACAUUUUUACCGGAUGCGUGAUACAAAUCCCAAAAGAAUAUAAAAAUUAUGAUUUGUUGAGAAGGUAUUUGAUAGCAUACGAUGGAAAAUUAUACGAUCCGGAAAAAGAAACGUCGGUUGAAAAUGGAAAGAACAAAGUAACUCACGUCAUUCACUUGAACAAAGUGGGAAAAAUUGUAAAAAAUGAAAAAUAUUGGGAUAAAGGGGUUCGACACGUUCACGUUAACUGGAUUUGGAAUUCCAUUAAAUUAUUAGAUAAACAACCGGAAUCUUGUCACGUCGUAACGGUCGAACAAAAAAGUGGAUAUAGAUACAAUUUCAAAAAAUGUUAUUUGUUAAAUCAAAAAAAUAAAUGA